UCUGGAUAAACGGUGCCUCCCCGCAGUCUCCAUAAUACCCCAGAAUACAUGGUAAUAUCUACUGCCAGUGAGAAUCUGGCAAGCUACAUACGAUUCUCAAUUCUAAUUGAGUGUCGUGUAUAAACACUACGAAUAUGUCUACAGAGAAGUCUGAUUCCCAUGCAGGGGGGCAUAGAAAAGACUCGGAAUUUUCUGAUGUCUCCCGCACCGAAGUUGAGAACAGCCGUCUCACCCAAGACACGACCAUUAAUGAAGCUCAGAGGAAGCGCCUGGAAGCGUCCGCAAGAUUGGAACACCCCCUAGCUGGACACACCCCGGAUCAGCUUGCCCAGCGAGGCGAAGACUUCUGUAAGCAACAUGGCAUUACCGGCGAAGACGACGUUCGAGCUUUCCGGCUCGGCGCUAUGAUCGCCGGCAACAUGAACAAAUACGAUACCGUUGAAGGCCUUACCGACCGCGAAAAGGAGGUUCUCGACAGGGAAAUCACCCACAGGUGGUCAAACCCUACUAUGCUCUACGCCGUUAUUAUAAUUUGCUCCCUAUGCGCUGCCGUUCAGGGAAUGGACGAGACGGUUGUGAACGGAGCCCAGAUCUUCUACAAGGUACAAUUCGGCAUUGGCGACGAAAACUCGCAGCGAGAUUCAUGGCUCGUUGGUCUUGUGAACGCUGCCCCCUACAUUUGCGCUGCUUUCUUUGGCUGCUGGUGUACUGAGCCCCUGAAUAAGAGAUUCGGUCGUCGUGGCACUGUCUUCCUCUCAUGUUUCGUUUCGGCCGCUGCUUGCUUCUGGCAAGCCUUUACCAACACCUGGUGGCAUAUGUUCAUUGCUCGCUUUUUCCUUGGUUUUGGCAUUGGUCCUAAAUCCGCCACAACCCCCAUUUUAGCUGCAGAGUGCUCUCCUCCUAAGCUUCGAGGUGCUCUUGUGAUGCAAUGGCAGAUGUGGACUGCGUUCGGCAUUUUGCUUGGUUACGUAGCCGAUCUCGCAUUCUACGAAGUCCCCGAUCACGGCAUUGACGGCCUGAACUGGCGACUGAUGAUGGGUUCAGCCUUGAUUCCGGCUGUGAUCGUCAUUGCUCUUGUAUACUUCACGCCUGAGUCACCUAGAUGGUAUUUGACCAAAGACAGGCACGGCGAAGCUUACAAGUCUAUUCUCCAACUUCGCUAUGAGAAAGUUCAAGCCGCCCGUGAUCUCUUCUACAUGGAUGCACUUCUUCAGGUCGAGAAGGAAGCAAUGCAAAUUAAGCAAAGCAAGUUUAAGGAGCUUUUCACCAUCCGCCGAAACCGCAAUGCUGCGAUCGCCUCCGAAAUCGUUAUGUUCAUGCAACAAUUUUGUGGUGUCAAUGCUAUUGCGUACUAUUCGACCCAAAUUUUCAUCGACAGUAACUUUGGCGAGAAGGCCGCAUUAGCGGCAUCCCUCGGCUUCGGUGCCGUCAACUUCCUCUUCGCCAUUCCAGCUUUUUAUACUAUCGACACAUUUGGCCGAAGAAAGCUCCUAUUGACGACAUUUCCUUUAAUGUCUAUCUUCUUAUUUUACACAGGGUUUAGCUUCUAUAUUCCAGAGGGAACCGCCCGUAUUGCUAAUGUGGCUCUCGGCAUCUAUUUAUUCGGAGUCGUCUAUUCGCCAGGCGAGGGCCCCGUGCCAUUCACGUACAGUGCCGAGGCCUAUCCAUUAUAUAUUCGGCCCUUCGGCAUGUCCUUGGCAACAGCUACGACUUGGUUCUUCAAUGCAGUUAUAUCAAUCACCUGGCCAGCCCUCGUGCAGGCCUGGACCAAUGCCGGUGCUUUCUCAUGGUACGCUGCCUGGAAUAUAGUCGGGUGGGUUCUCGUCUUGCUGUUCCUUCCCGAGACCAAGGAAAAGACACUCGAAGAGCUGGAUGCUGUCUUCGACGUCCCGCUGCGCAGCAUCAUGCGCUACGGCAUUGCGCAGGCCGGGUAUUUCUGGGGUCAUAUCAUUUUGCGCCGAGAUAUGAAAGCUCCGACCGUGCCUACCUCGGCCAACACCAUCGAGUAUACCAAAGAACAGUUUGCGAAGGAGAAGCAGCAUGAUCCUACUGCUAGGGUCUAAUCUAAUUAGCGAUCUAACGCAGUCAAGAUGCGCAUGAUUAAUGUCAUCGAUUUUCAAUUACGGUAGUUGUCGAUUCGAUCUACUCCGUAGAAGGCGCAUAUAUGUAUAUUAAUGUCACUCGUACU